AUGCCCCUGCAGGAGGCACAGGUGCCCCAUACCUCCUCCAGCAUGCAGGACGGCUGCAGGGAGGACAAAGCAUCAACCCUGAGUAGGAAAAGGACCCAUAGGGUGCCACCAGCUGUAGAUUGCUCACGAACUGUGGGGCUGGUCAGCACAUCCACUGUGCUCAAAACACGGGUAGCCCAGAACCUGUUCGCCACCUGGGCGGUGGACUGCUCCAGCCCCAGCUGUGUGCCCAGGUGGUGCAGUGUCACUUUAAAGAAGCUAGUGGUCUUCAAGGAGCUGGCGAACGACCUAGUUUCUGUGGUGAUUUCCGUGAAGAUGCAGGACUCCAAGGGCAUCCUGAGGUCGAAAGAGAUUAUGCUGCCUCCCAGUGAGCCAGUGGAGACUGACCUGGCGCUGACCUUCUCCCUGCAGUACUCCCACUUCCUCAAGGGAGAAGGCAACAAGCUCCAGAUCAUGCUGGAGCAGAGGAAGCACUAUAAGAACAGGAUCGUCCUGGGCUACAAGACACUGGCCACGGGCGCCAUCCGCAUGGCUGAUGUCAUGAGGAGAAACUCCAAGUGCGGCCAGAUGCUGAGCCUCUACAGCACCGUCCAGGAGCCCUCCACCAAGGUGGCUGAAGUCUGGAUCUCCUCCCUGUCCAGUCAGCCCAUCAAACAUGAGGAAAGUGCCAUGCGGGCCAGGCCGAAGGCCAAGUCCGCAGGUAACUACACUCAGAGCCCCUUGUCUGAGCUGGAGGCCAGCUGCAGUAGAAAGCACAGACAGGACCUGCACAAGGAUGACUUUGGGAAGGGGAAGCCAAAGAAGCAGCGGCGGUCGGAAGUCACAGGGGGGACCAUGACCAUGCAACAGAACUACCACGAGAAAGUCCUGUUAUGGCUGCACACAGUCCAAGUGUGGGAGGAGGCCCUGGACCCUGAGCAGGAUCAUGGGGAGCAUGUCCUGGAAGAGGAAGAGGACCUGGACCUCCUGGAUGACAUGCUGGAGACUCCCAGUGACAGUGGCCCAGACACUGAGCACGAUGACGGUGUCCUCAGCACCCCCACACCUCAGCUCAGGCCAUACUUCCAAGGCCUGUCUAGUGGCUCGGACAUGAAGGACAAUCACAGUAUCCUCAGCAGCCCCAAUCCCAAGCUCAGGCCAUGCAUCGAGGGCAUACCAGACUCCAAUUUGGAGAUGGAGAUGUGGGGCCCCCACAGCGCUAGGAUCCGAAAGGAGUCUCCGAGUCUGUCCCGGGAGCCUGAGAACACGUGCACCCCGGGAGGCAAGCAGCCAAGCCAGAGCGACUCAAAAUUGGUGGCCUACAGUACAUGCAUCACUAAGGUGGACAAGAUGCAGAUGGCCUGCCUGUCCAGCCAGCCCAUCGAUCGUGAGGCCAGGGCCAGGCAGGCCACCACCUCGGCCCAGACCUCGCCUAACGACUCUGCAGGCCCGCCUGACAGCUUCUUUCAGCAGGCGGCCAGCUACAGUGCGGCCCACAGGCAGUCCCAGGAGGACAACUUUGAGGAAGGGAACCUGAUAGUAAGAAGGAGGUGCACCACCUUGCAACAGAAUUACCACCAGGAAGCCGUGGCAUCUGUGCUCAUGGCCCAAGUGUCGGAGAAGGUCGUGUCCUCAGAACAGGCCCUUGUGAGGUACGUCCCCAAAGUGGAGAAGGCCCUGGUCCGUCGCCAUGACAUCGUGGAGAGCUCAAGCGAGAGUAGCCUAGACACGGAGGACAAUAUCAGCGUCCCCAGCACCCCAAAGCCCCAGCUCAGGCGAUACUUUGACAGCAUGUCAAGUGAUAGUGACUCUGACUCAGUGGCCCACAGAAUUUGCUCCCCUGGGGUGCAGUCGCCACAGCUGGAGGACAGCCGGGAGGCAGCAUCCUCUGCCAGGGGUUGGUUCACCAGGAAGCUGCCAUCCAUAGUGCGCUUCACCAAGUCUCUAGUCAUCCCCUCCAGCAGGUCCAAGAGGAAGCAGGCUGGCCACCAGAGCUGCAACACAUCCCCGAAUGACUGGUUCAACAGACCGGAUGAUGAGGACCCAGAACCACAGAGCCAGCGGCAGAUCCCCAGCAAGCCCGUGCGUGACCAGCUGAAUGUCAUCCUCAUUUGCCCAGACAAGCUGCCUGAGAACAUCAUUCUGGUCAACACCUCAGACUGGCAGGGCCAGUUACUUUCGGACAUCCUGCAGGGGCACACGCUGCCAGUGGUGUGCACUUGCUCCACAGAUGACGUCCAGGAGGCCUUCAGCAUCAUCGUGUCCUGGAUGCAGAGGUACUGCGACGGCACUUCCCAGGCCCUGACGCCUGUGAAGAUAGCGGUGGCAGGGGCGCAGCCCUACUUCAACGCUGUGCUGCGGGUCUUCGUGGAGCUGCUGUCCCACCAGCCAGCCCAGUGGCUGGACUACCUGCGCUUCCUGGUCAUCCCACUGGGUUCCCACCCCUUGGCCAGCUACCUGGGCUCCAUGGAUUGCCGCUACGACAACUUCUUCCAGGACCUGUACUGGUGGGACAUGUUCAACAACCUGGAGUCUCUCAACAUCUUGCAGGACACACAGGACGUUGUGUCAAGAAUCACAGAGUACGUCACUGGGGCCAACUGUGUCUACCUGCUGCCCAUCGCAGAGGCCGUGCUCAUGUCUCAGCAGCAGCGUCCCGAUGACACUUCCUCCAAGAAGUUCAUCCCCUUUGUGGGGGCAGUGAAGGUUGGAAGAGCGGAACCAUCUUCAGCCAUGUCAGCAGACUCAGAUGAUGCAGGCCCUUCCUGCUCCAGCGAGCUUCUGUCCCCUGCCAGCAAGGCCUCAUCCAACACACUUUCCCCCCCAUCAAUGAGUGGGGGCCUGUCCUCCCCCAGCCAGGGUGUCCAUGCAGACAUGAUGGAGCUGCGGGUGGAUUACUGGACGGCAGCCCAGCCAAUAGACACAAAGAGAGUUGCGGAG